AUGCUUUUCUCUAUUGUGCAAGGACAAAAAGACCUUCAAAAUUCACUUACCUUUAGCAUUACCGGUCUUACCUCUACAAGCUCUCAUAUCCCAAAUGGAACCACCAUCUACCCCAACAAUCAACCUUCAAGCUCUAAUGCACUUCCCUCUCAACCUUUACCCAACCCCAAGGGUGAUGCCAUCACUUUGAGAUCUGAAAAUACAUUGCCAGAGAGGAGUCCAGAGGAGCCAAGCUCAAGAGAAAAUAUUCAUGUUGAAGACAUUGUUGAGGUAGAAGAUGUUGAAGAAGAGGAUGAGGUACAAGAUGCGAUUGAGGAAGAAGUUGUGCAACCAAGGAAUGGAGUGCCUAAGGAACAUGAUGUUGUGAGAGAAUCCAUUCCCAACCCUUUUUCAUAUCUUGCUAGGAGGACAAAGAAGCAAGUGGAGCUAGACUCCAAGAUGGUAGAGAUCUUUAAAAAGGUUGAGGUAACUAUUCCCCUUUUUGAUGCUAUUCGCCAGGUACCGAAGUAUGAAGAUUUGUGCAUGAAUAAGGAUAAAAUACAUGAUUUAGAAACUAUUCCUUUAGGUAGCUCUAUUUCUGCUUUAAUGGGUGCUAUAACGGAGAAAUGUGGUGAUCCCGGUCCUUGCAUGGUUACUUAUAAGAGCAUAAUCUCGGUGGUUGGCAUUACUGAAGACUUCUUGGUGAGCAUUAAGGGGUUGACAUUCCCUAUAGACUUCUAUAUUUUAGAGAUGCCUUCUAAUGACCCAGGAAGACCUUCAUCCAUCUUGCUUGGAAGGCCAUUUUUGAAGACUUCGCGGUUCAAAUUGGAUGCCUUCUCGGGUACAUACUCAAUUGAGAUAGAUGGAAGAGCAGUGAGCUUCAACCUAGAUGAAGCUAUGAAGCAUCCACCGGAAGAUCACUCCAUCUUCCAGUGUGACAUUAUUGAUGAGACUGUGGCUGAGGUUCACCAAGAGGCGGUAGAAGAGCUGAACAUGGAGCAAGGUGCAAGUGUGGGGAAGCCCUCUGCGCAUAAUGAAGACACCUUACCACCUCCAAUAGCUCCAAACGAUCAAGUGCUAAGCCAUGAGCUGAAAAUGGAGUUGAAGCCCCUUCCACCCCAGCUCAAGUAUGCUUAUCUUAAGGAUAAUAAGAAGAUCCCAGUUAUAAUAGCAAGGGAACUUACUUCCCAACAAGAGGAGCAGCUGCUUAGUGUGCUUAGAAGACACAAGAAGGCUAUUGGGUAG